AUGGAUUCUCUGUCAAGUGAAUCAAAACGUUUCAGUUGUCGAUUAUUUCUGAAACAUGUAUUCUAUGGGUUUAUAACUGAAUAUGAAACACAGAAAAUAGUCACAAUUCAUAGUUAUACGAUCACAGCUUUAUUACGUUUCAUUCAAAUCAUUCUUCUAUUAUAUUCGUUUGGCUACUUACUCAUCUAUAAGAAAGGUUAUCAAUAUCAAGAUACCUCCAUAAUUUCAUCUGUUACGUUGAAAGUCAAAGGUAUUGGUUAUGUGCACAAAGGUCCAAAUGACUCGUACGUAUUUGAUGGAACAGAUUAUAUUAUACCACCGUCGGAAAAUAAUGCUAUAUUUAUCAUGACAAAUUUCAUUGCAACAGAACAAAGUCGAUCCACAUGUGUAGAAAGUCCAGCAGUUCCAUUCGCCUUUUGUAAAAAAGAUAGUGAUUGUCAAAAGAAACCCGACAGAUCGGAUAUGAAUGGUCGAUGGACUGGCCGAUGCUCAGCAGCCUCAAAACUCAGCGGGAACGAAACAACGAACUCUACACAACGUUUAUGUGAAAUUCAAGGUUGGUGUCCUGUGGAAGAUGAUAGACAAAAACCAACUGUUAUUCAAGAUAUUCCGAAUUUUACGAUAUUUUUGAAAAACUUUAUGGAAUUUCCUACAUUCAAUGUAAAACACAAGAACAUAGGUGAAAACCUGAAAUCAUGUGUGUACGACCCGUUGACUAAUCCGAGCUGUCCGAUAUUCCGCCUGAGUUACAUCUUAAAUGAAGCAGAAAAAAAUGCUACCGAACGAGAACUUAUGUUACUUUACGGCGCAGUCAUACGUGUGAAACUCGAUUGGGAUUGUAAUUUAGAUCGAAACAUCAAAUUGUGUAAACCGGUCUACUCGUUUGCACGUCUCGAUACGCCAUUUCAUGAAGAAACAUUUUCAGUAGGCUUUAAUUUUCGUUUUGCAUCGAAUUGGAAAUAUAAAAACUCCUAUCGACGUUCGUUACGAAAAGCUUACGGUCUUCGCUUCAUUAUUUCCGUUAGUGGAAAAGCUGGAAAAUUUGAUUUCAUUACAUUGACAUUAAAUACAGGUUCAUUAGUUGGCAUUUUUGGAUUAGCUUCGUUUGUCUGCGAUUACAUUCUUCUCAAUCUAAGUAAAAAAGCAGCAGUCUAUAGAGAACAAGUCUUUCAACGCUUUCGUUCAAGACCAGCAAGUAUGGAUCAAUCUGUGUUACAACUAAAACCUCGAAAGACUGACGUAUCGACAAUAUUCCAAAAUCCUUCUGUAACCGAACGAGAACUAACGCCAGUUUACCACUUGUCUGGAUCUCCACAAAGGAUUCAUAAUCUUGCCAAUACAUCGUUAUCAUCAUCAGUCCUCGGUCAGCGAAAUCGACUGCUAAGUUUUCAAGCAAAUUUAGGUCUAACGAAUCCAGUAAACUGA